GUUCUUCUGGAUUCAGAUCUCGAAGUUCUCCCGCUUUUCCUGUUUUCCGAUAGAACUUCUGUUUUUCCAUUUCUCUCCGCAGCGAGAGAGAAAAAAGAAAAAAGAAAAGAAAAAUAAAAAUGUGGAAAUGGAGAUUUUCCAUUGCCAUGCUUUCAAGAUCUGGAUUGAUGAUCUAGGGUGCGUGGAGGUCGUUUCGGAGUCCUCCUCAGUCUCCGGCUGCAGGGUUCGGGGAAGAUUAAACCAGAAAUCUGCGGGACAUGAGCGUGGGAUCUCCCCUUUGGAAAGGGGGUAUUUGCCUAUUUGGAUCAGGGCUCGUUGUUAGAAAAUUCUUCCUUAUCUGCUGCGUAAAGGCCUGAGAGGAGAUCUGGUGAAGUUGUGGUAAAGGAACUUGCUUCCCCACAUCCUUUCUGAACUGUUGAAUCUACUGCACGUCAGAGUUAGCGUUUCAUCAUUGGGACUUGUUACUUUUGCUUCAUUCUGGAGGUUUUAGCGGUUUCAGAUCUUUAAGUGUCAUCAAAGCUGUUGUGAUUUUCUCCUGUUUUCUGUUUCUAUAGUCGAGGGUUGUGGUUCAGGUUUUUCUUUUCCGUAAUCUGGGGCCUGGCAAAUAGGCUUAGAGUUGUUCUCAGGUUUGUGAUUUCUUGCUUGUCUCUGCAAGCAGGAAAAUUCACAGAAAUCUGUUAGGUCAUCGGAUUUCAGUUCCUAAAUUACUCGGAAAGCCAGAUCUUUUUCUUGGGUUUGGAGUUACAAAAGCUCUGUUGAUCAAAUCCUUAUUAGGGCUAGGGAGUUUCAAAGUAAAUUUCCACUGCUCCUUGAAGUUCAAAUUCCCAUUUCUGCUACUUGUUUUAGUGUCUAUAUUAUUGGAUUUGAGAAAAUGCAGCGACCGCCCCCUCCAGAAGAAUUUCGUCUCAAGGAGACUUCGCCCCACCUUGGUGGCAGCAGGAUUGCCGGUGAUAAGCUCACUAGCACCUAUGAUCUUGUUGAGCAGAUGCAAUAUCUGUAUGUCCGUGUUGUCAAAGCCAAAGAGCUCCCACCGUCGGAUGUCACUGGUAGCUGUGAUCCAUAUGUGGAAGUGAAGCUUGGGAAUUACAAGGGCACGACUCGGCAUUUUGAAAAGAAGUCGAACCCCGAGUGGAACCAGGUUUUUGCAUUCUCGAAGGACCGAAUCCAAUCUUCUGUUGUUGAGGUUGUGGUGAAGGAUAAGGAUAUGGUGAAGGAUGAUGUUAUGGGGUAUGUUGUUUUCGAUCUCAAUGAAGUCCCUAAGCGCGUGCCCCCAGACAGCCCGCUAGCGCCACAGUGGUACAGACUGGAAAAUCGGAAGGGAGAGAAGGGCAAAGGGGAGCUCAUGUUGGCUGUUUGGAUGGGCACACAGGCAGAUGAAGCAUUUCCUGAAGCAUGGCAUUCUGACGCUGCGGCUGUUCACAGCGAAGGGCUAGCAAACAUCAGGUCGAAAGUAUAUCUCUCUCCUAAGCUUUGGUACGUUCGGGUUAAUGUUAUUGAAGCUCAGGACUUGCAACCGGGUGAUAAGGCCAGGUAUCCAGAAGUCUAUGUUAAGGCUAUUCUUGGAAAUCAGGCAUUGCGAACUAGGGUUUCUCAGAGCAGGACUCUCAAUCCAAUGUGGAAUGAGGAUUUGAUGUUUGUAGCAGCAGAGCCCUUUGAAGAGCACUUGAUUUUGAGCGUGGAAGAUAGGGUAGGACCCAACAAGGAUGAGGUUCUGGGGAAGGCUGUGAUUCCUUUGCAGAAUGUGCAGAGGAGGCUGGACCAUAAACCUGUGAAUACUAGGUGGUAUAACCUUGAGAAGCACAUUGUUGUGGAUGGUGAGCAGAAGAAGAAGGAGAAAUUUGCCAGUAGGAUUCAUUUGAGGAUCUGUUUGGAUGGUGGGUAUCAUGUCUUGGAUGAAUCAACACAUUAUAGCAGCGAUCUUCGGCCGACAGCAAAGCAGUUGUGGAAGCAGAGCAUUGGGGUUCUGGAAGUGGGGAUUUUGACUGCUCAGGGUUUGUUGCCUAUGAAGACGAAGGAUGGGCGGGGGACCACAGAUGCUUAUUGCGUAGCAAAAUAUGGGCAGAAGUGGGUUCGUACAAGGACGAUUAUUGAUAGCUUUACUCCAAAGUGGAAUGAGCAAUACACUUGGGAGGUUUUUGAUCCAUGUACUGUGAUUACUAUUGGGGUGUUCGACAACUGUCAUUUGCAUGGAGGAGAGAAGGGGUCGGGAUCAAAAGAUUCCAGAAUCGGAAAGGUGCGGAUUCGGCUCUCGACGCUUGAAACUGAUCGGGUCUAUACCCACUCGUACCCGCUGCUGGUACUGCAUCCUUCAGGAGUGAAGAAGAUGGGAGAGGUGCAGCUGGCUGUUAGGUUCACGUGUUCGUCUUUGAUUAACAUACUGCAUAUCUAUUCACAGCCGUUGCUGCCAAAAAUGCAUUACCUUCAUCCACUGUCUGUUACUCAGCUCGAUACCUUGAGGCACCAGGCCACGCAGAUAGUAUCGAUGAGGUUGAGUCGUGCUGAGCCACCGCUGCGGAAAGAAGUGGUCGAAUACAUGCUGGAUGUUGAUUCUCAUAUGUGGAGCAUGCGAAGAAGCAAAGCUAACUUCUUCCGGAUUAUGGGUGUCUUGAGUGGGUUGAUUGCAGUUGGGAAAUGGUUUGAUCAGAUAUGUCAUUGGAAGAACCCUUUGACGACAAUCCUUAUUCACGUACUUUUCAUAAUACUGGUUUUGUACCCUGAGCUGAUACUACCGACGAUAUUUCUAUACCUGUUCUUGAUUGGGGUCUGGUACUACCGGUGGAGGCCUAGGCAGCCUCCUCACAUGGAUACUCGUCUAUCUCAUGCUGAUGCUGUUCAUCCUGAUGAAUUGGAUGAGGAGUUUGAUACUUUUCCGACUUCUCGGCCGGCAGAUAUUGUGAGAAUGAGAUAUGAUCGCUUGAGAAGCGUUGCGGGAAGGAUACAGACGGUGGUUGGUGACCUGGCGACGCAGGGGGAGAGAUUGCAGUCUCUGCUGAGCUGGCGAGACCCAAGAGCAACAGCCCUGUUUGUGAUGUUCUGUUUGAUCACCGCCAUUGUGCUCUAUGUUACACCGUUCCAGGUGGUGGCCCUCAUCACUGGCUUUUAUGUGUUGAGGCAUCCGAGGUUCCGCCACAAGCUUCCUUCAGCACCCCUCAACUUCUUCAGGAGGCUACCUGCAAGAACAGACAGCAUGUUAUGAGAAGAGCAUAUAAAAUUCAUGAUGGGUUUGUGUUGUUUGUCAUUGUGUCUUCUUGUUCCCCAUAGGCAGAUGUCUUGUUGUUCCCCAUCAGCCCCCCGCACAAUCAGAUAGCUCCGCAGCUUCUGUUUUAUUUCUUAUCUGCUGCUAAUGUUGGGUUCCUGGUCCAACGCAUAUCCGUACACUGGUAGCAAUUCGUGAAUCUGUGUUUGCUUUAUGCUGUUAUUAGAUAUCUGAUACCCGUGAAUUGGUUUCUGUAUUUCAGUGCAUUUGAUUUUCCA